AUGACUUAUUUUGCCCCGAAAUCAGAACAAGAAUAUAAAGAAUAUUUGGAUAAUCUACUCGUCGAAUAUCAAUUCGCUUGUUUUAGUGAAAAACUUGGUGAUGGUUGUUAUCGACUAGCGAAUUAUCAUGAAGUUAUUAAAAAUGACCAUGCGACAGCAGCUAAAAUAUAUAAAAUGUCAUGUGAUGAAAUGAACUAUGGACAUGGAUGUUAUCGUUAUGGUACUUUUGCAUUUCUCGGCCGAGGCAUGGAUAAAAAUGUUCCGCAAUCAACAGGCUAUUAUGAACGUGCAUGUAACUUAGGCUUUUUAAAAGCUUGUCAUAAUACUGGAGUUGCUUAUAUGCAAGGUGAUGGAUGUGAAAAAAAUAUUAAUCGAGCUAUAGACUAUUUUAAAAAAGCUUGUUCAGGGUCUAUUUCUGAAUCAUGUUUAUCUCUUUGGUCAACUUAUUUUAAUGGACAUCAUGGUGACAUUGCACAAGAUAGACCGAAAGCACUUGAGUAUGCAUCGAAAGCAUGUGAUUUAGAUCUAUUUCAAGGUUGUGUUAAUGCACUCAUUAUGCAUCGACGUGGCGAUGGUGUGCCGAAAGAUCCUGAACGUGAAAAAUAUUUUAAACAAAAAGCAGAUGCUAUAAAAAGGAAAUAUAGUGAACCUGGUGUUGUGUUUGGUGAAACACAUCAAAAUUUAGAAUAA